ACAAUGAUACAUAAUAAUCUACCAUUCUUUAUUAUUUAAGUGUUUAAUUAUGUUCCACUGGAAUCUGAAAUAAUGGAUACGAAGGUGUAAAGUAGAUCGGUGCAGUGAUGAGUGCUCCCCGAUGCAGCAAAACUACCGGUGUGAAUCGGUGGAUAUUUCCAUAUUUGUAAACCGGUUCAGUUUAUUGGGUUUUCCCAUUCACACUCUUUCGGUCUUUCUCUUUCUCACUUCUAACAUUCUCCCAGCCUCACAAGAAAAUUGAAAAAAUUCCUAAAACCCUAAUCCCAAAUCCAACGAGAAAUCGGUGAAAUCUUUCUGCAAAUUCAAUGAAAUCGUCCAAAUCACAAUUAUGAGUUUGUUAAAAUAGCUCUAAAAUCGAAGAAAUCAUUUUUUAAAUCAACAAAAUCGUCCUUCAACAACACCUUCAAAGCUCUCUUCAGUGUUUAAGGUAAUCAAAUUUCUACACUCCAAUUUCUUUCAUGCAAAUCAAAAAGGCAAUUUUUAGAUAAGGUAAUUUGUGAAAAUGCUUUAUAUGUUUUCACAAGAAAAUUUCCUUUCUUAAUUAUAAAAAUACUAUAUUCUGCUUUGGUUUUUCUAGCUCUGCUAAUAGGUGAAGAUAAAAGAAAAUUUCCAUCUUAGUUAUGACUAGGUGUGAGAUUUAUUAAAAGAAUUUAAAAAGAUACAUAUGCAGGCUCUGCUAGAUUAUUUUCUGUUACAGAUUGUUUCGGUCUGGUAUUGGUGGCUGUUAAGGUUUUUAUUCUGCAGAAAUUAUUACCUGGCAGUGAUGUAGUUUUAGUACUAAGAAUUUGAUUGUAAUUACAAUGUCUAUUUGUAUUAGUUUUGGUGGGAGUACAAGAGGGAUGUGUGGCGGUACGUUUUGUUUUGGAUUGUAACUUUAUGACACUGCUUGUGAAUGGUUAUUUCAUUAAGACUAGAAUCAUAAUCCAGAAAAAAGACAAUAAUUAGUGGUAAUUUUUUUAUUGGGAUCAGAAUUUGUACCUCUUGUGUGAGUUCCUAGAACUUUUUAAAAUAAAAAGGAUGGUUUAAAAAAAUAAAACCAUUUUUGAUAUAAAACUGGUUUUAAUAUUGGUUUUUCUAAAAACUGAUUUUAAAACUGGUUUUAAAACUGAUUUUUUAAAAGAAAAUAAAAACUGGUUUUGAGAGAACCGGUUUAAAACCGUUUUUUUUUUUGUUAAAACUGGUUUUUGUGAAAAAACGGUUUAAAACCGAACCAAUCCAUAUAUAAACCGGUUUUAAAAAAAGAAACCGGUUUUAAUAAAAUAGUUUUAAGAUCCAAACCAAACUAUAAAUAUGAUUCAAUUUGGUUUGGUUAUUGAUCCAUGCACACCCUAAGCAAAACAUAGUGAACUUACAAGGUUAGCAAUUUUUAAUCCCAAGAUUAAAUUUGUGAUAUUUUAUUAUUUCAAUUAGAAUUAAUUUAGAGUAUCCUGAAUGGAUCAAUUAUUAUUAUACGCUAUCUUCUUCAUUCUUCUCCCUCAACCAUAGCUUCGCCGUUGCCGUCGCCAUCUCUCCUCCCAUCUCCGGCCAUUGGACCUCCAUUAAAGAAACAAAUUCCAUUUUCAUGAUCUCGUCACUUGGUCUUUCAUCUGAAUCAUAGGAACACCAGCCUCUAGAACAAGAUAAAUUUUCCCCUGAACCAUUAUUCUCGGCAUCAUUGUGUUCCUACUAAAUCAGCUUAAGAUGACUUCUCAAGACAUUCUUGUAUUCAUGGAACUUGCAAUACAGCAGGCAAAGUUAGCUAUGGAUGCCCUUGAAGUACCUGUCGGCUGUGUAAUUGUGGAGGAUGACAAGGUUAUAGCCUUAGGAAGGAAUCGAACUACCGAGACACGAAAUGCUACAAGACAUGCAGAAAUGGAAGCUAUAGACCUUCUUCUAGAACAGUGGCAGAAAAACGGACUUUCGAUGACUGAAGUUGCUAAAAAAUUCUCAAACUGCAGUCUUUAUGUUACUUGUGAACCAUGCAUAAUGUGCGCAUCUGCUUUAUCAAAUUUAGGUAUAAAGGAAGUGUUUUAUGGCUGUUCAAAUGAUAAAUUUGGAGGUUGUGGAUCAAUACUAUCAUUGGAUUUAAGUGAUACCGUGUCACCUAAUAAGGGUUUCAAAUGUGCUGGAGGUAUAAUGGCAACAGAAGCUGUCCUUCUCUUUCGAACAUUCUACGAGCAAGGAAAUCCUAAAGCUCCAAAACCCCACAGGCCGCUAGCACUUCAGGCAACAACUUGAAUUUGUUGACAUUUUGUUUAUUUGGUUUGAGCAGCCUCCUUCCUAUUUAUGAAUGGUUAGGUAUAAAUCCCAGAAAGCCUUGUGUAAAUUAUUGUUUGCCACACCUAAUAAUGUGAUUUGUGCUUCUUUUCCGGCGUCUUCUGUUCAGUAACUGUUGCCAACAGAUGCGCCGGCACAAGCCAUUGUUGGGUUGGGAAUCAAUCACGUGUUUUGUAUCAAAACACGUGAUUGAUUGAAUUAAAUACUUUAAUUUUAAAAGAAUAUUUAUCGGUUAAGAUUCAAAUUAAUUUUAAGGACUUGAUGUGUUAGUAUAUGAUACUGUGAGAUCAGUUUGUUAUUUCUAGUUUAUGUUAAUUAUGAGUUAUAGUUUGUAUAUGAUAUGUUAAUUAUCAGUUUGGUAGUGGACUCUGUUUUUGGAGCAAGGAUGUUGCAAAGAGUGCACAGCUAAUACAGACAAACUAUGGAUUAGAAUUUUAGAGUGGUACAAUAUUAGGGAUUGGGUAGUUGUAAAAAAAAAAAGAUUGAGAAUCUUGGACUUGUAUAUUUAUCUUUUCUCCCAUUUUGGUAAACUUUAACCACAAUUGCAAAUUAUGCACUAGUUUCUUCAAUGAUGAAACCAUAGAAUAGCAUUGACAGAAAAACUAUAGUUCAGAUAGCUAUUUAUGGUUGAAAUUUCAACAAUGCUAUAGUUAGUGCUUCUGUCACUUUGUCGAUUGUUGAUAUGUGUAUGCUUGGAUCUGUUAAUUAUAAGCAGUAAUAUGACUAGUUAUAAUGCUGUGAACAAUAUAAUUAUGAAAUAAUAUAAUAGAUUUUAACAUAUUUUGUUCCAUUUCUUAAUUUUUUUUUUUUGAAGCGUUAGCCCUCUGGUUUAUUAUUACUACACAAUUUAAUCUUUUUUAUUUUUGGAGUUUUAGUCCUUAUAUUUAUAAAAUUAUGCCAUUUUCAAUCAGUAUUUAAUGGUCACACUCAUUAGAAAAAAAUUAUGUUUUGAAUUUGUUUUUUGGAAUAUGUUUUAUAGAAAGAUAUUGAAACAAUUUCAAUUGAUUAUUGUUUACGGAAUAAAUAAGAGAUGAAGUAAGUUAAAUAUAAUUUGCAUUUUAUUUUAGAAAAAAAAAUACAUUUUAAAAAUAAAAUAUUUAAAAUAAAAAAAAUUGAUAAAAGAAAGUCACAUGGAUGACUUUACAAUUUUAAAAAUGCCACAAUUAAAACCUUUCCCAUGCCAAGUCAUCAAAAAAGCUGAUGUGUCAUGUUUUUUCUGAUUUAUUCAUUUUAAUUAAAUGCCACAUGUGUUAAUAUAUAUUUGAAAGGACUCUUUUAUCCUCACAUGUAACACUAACCCCACUAACCAGAAAAACCAUUCAGUUUCCUCCUCCCCCCUUAUCUUCAUCGUGCAAAACCACAUCAAGAAUCCAUCACCUCAAUUUGCACAUAAU